AUGGCCGAUCUCAAUUUUCAAAGUUGGUUUUGAAGCCAUUUUUUGUGUUCUAAAAUGAAAUUUCUAGGUUUUGAGCCGAUAAAUUCGACGAAUGAGCAGUCCGGCGCAUUUUCCGGCAACAUUUACGACCGCAGCAAUGUUGGUUUGAUGAAAAAAAUUAGAAAAGAAAAAUCAAUAAUAUGUAGAAUUUCCAUUUUUCGAGUUGGAAAAAAACCUCAAUUUUGACGUUUCUGCAUUUAAAGUUUUAAAAAAACUUGAUAUUUGAAUUUUUUUCGAGAUUAAAAAGGAUUUCAAAUAAGGUUAGAAACAUAUGCUAUAUUUUUUUGAGUCUUUUUAUUUACUGAAAAAAAUCCCAUUUUUUUCCAGUUGAUAGGCUUUCAAAGACGCGAAUUUUCAAGCACAACAAUAAAUAUAUUAAAAAAAUUGACUUUUUUUUAGUUGGUAGGGUUUUGAAAAAGAAAAAAAUCUCAAUACAUAGGAAUAUUUGAAAUUAUUUUUUUAGCUCAUAGAAAAAAAUCGAGAAUUCCACUUACCAUAAAAAUCGGCUUUUCCGUCAGUAGGAGCAUGAAAAAAUCCUUAUUUUUCAGCGGCAAAUAGCUUGACAGUCCAAUUUUCAGUUGGUAGGAAUGCUAAAAAAAAUUAACUUUUUAAUCGUUGUUAAUUCACUUUUCCGUUGUUUGGAAUGUUCAAAAGUCCGCUUUUCUCAGUUAAUAUUGAUAAUACUGUCUCUCAGUAAGUUAAAAUACUCAGAAGUUCUACUUUUCAGUCGAUAACAGUGUAAAAAACCCGUUUUUCAGCUGUCAGUAACUUGAAAUGAACUAGAACUCGAAAGAGCUCAUUUUUUCCAGUUGGAAGGAAUAAAAUUCAAUUUUUAACCAUUAUUAUUUUGAAAGUUCAGUUUUGAGCUGUUGAGAUAAUUCAAAAAUCCACUUUUUCCCAGUUGGUCGGAUCCCCGUUCGGCGGCGGCGACGACAACGCGUCGCAGACGACGACGCGACGCGGCAACCUCUUCUCCCUCGCCUACUACCAACAGUUCUUCGACGUCGAGACGGAUCAGGUCCUGAAGCGACUUCUGAACAGCGUCGUCCCAACCCAUCACAACUACAUCGCCGACUUCAUCCAGCCCAUUCCGGACCUCUGGGGUCUCUUUGAAACAUGAGAAAACAUUUCGAAAGAAAGUCUAGGUCCCUUCUGGGUCUCCGUCACGUUGGUCUUCUCUAUCGCCGUCUUUGGAAACUUGGCUCAGUUUAUCGAGAAUGACGGCGCCAAGGGACACUACGGCAGCGAUUUCCGAAUGGGUAACUUCAGUUUAGGAAUGCCAGAGUGGUCCCUAUAGUGGUCCUUGAAGAUUUCCCUCUAGGGUCCACUUUAGUUAGUGGCUCGAUCGAUUUUAUUUUCAAAUCAUAAUAAAAAAAAUUAAAAGACCCCUAUAGGGACCGCUCGAUCUUGAGGGGCCAGAAUCCAAAACCCUAUAGCCUAAAUUUCACUAUAGGGGCCACUCUGGCGUUUUUAAGUAUAACGGUGAUAUAAUUCUUGCUAGUUUUAAAGGCGCAUAGAGUAAUUUAUAUAGAGGUCUCGCCACGAAGAACCGUUUUCAGUAUGAUUUUCUUGCUUUUUCAAGGAAAAAAAAAACCUUUUACAAACGUUCAUAGCCGAUCCACGGCUAACUGGGACCGAUUAGGGGGUGUGGCUUGUCUGCGCUCUCCAUUAACUAGGCUCCCUUUUUCAUAGUGGCAGGACCCUUUUUUGACCCUUUUGAACCCUUUAAUGAGCCUUUUUCCAAUGGCUCAAGCCAGCCGUGAGCCAGCUGUAUUAAAAAAAAAGUUUCGAAUGAUUUUUUAAAACUAAGAUAUAAGUUUUCCUUGGCUAAUUUUCACUCCUGAGAGACCAGACAUCGUUCAGUAACGUCGGCGUCGACGCUGAUCUUCCUGUACGUGGUGGUGGUGCCCGUGCUCGUCUACGGCCUAAUGUGGUACCGUCGGAGCGAACUCCAACACCCCUACGUCGACCUCGUCUGCCUCUACGGCUACAGCCUCGCCAUCUUCAUCCCCGUCUCCGUCUUGUGGGUCGUCGACGUCAACUUGUUCCGAUGGGCGUUGAUCAUCGUCUCGGUCGCCUUGUCCGGAACCGUCCUCGCCAGGUCUCUCUGGCCGUCUUUCCAGAACGACAACAAGGCGGUUCGUUUGUGCAUUUUUUGAGCUGAUAUUGUGUUUAGGUGAGAUAGAAUUGUAACGAAAUGAGCUAGAACUGUAAGAAAGUCGAGCUCAAACUACAAUUAGUAGGGUUAAGACUCACUAAAAGCCAAAAAUUUAACUAUGGAAAUAGAAAAUCUUAAAAAAUGGGUGGUAUGAAAAGAACACCAGCGAAAAUUCAAACGGCGACUUUUCCGAUUUUUUCAAAUCGCUAGGGAACUUUCCGACGGCCACCUUUCCGACUAAUCUUUUUCCGACUUUUUUUCUCGAUAAAAUCUUCGUUUUAAAUCUUCCUAUAUGAAGUAGGUAGUUGGUUGAUGAUUAAAACACAAAGAAAUAGGAAAAAAAAAUGUAAAUAGAUGUCUUAUAAACAGAAAAAUAUAAGGGAAAAAGUCGGAAAGGGAUUCGGCAGAAAGGUGGCCGUCGGAAAGUUCCCUAGCGAUAUGAAAAACUCGGAAAAGCCGCCGUUUGAAUUUUCGCUGGUGUUUUUUUCAUACCACCAAAAAAUGAGCUAAAAAGCUCAAAUUGUAGCAGAAUGAGCUAAAAUUGUAACGAAAUGGACUGUUUAAACUGUUUAUUGCAUCUUCAAUGUAAGAGUACAUGUGCAAUCGACUUUCAUUGAUUUCAACUGUGUUUAAACGGCGGCAGGAGCUGUGGCUUAGGCAGAGAGGUUGUGAAUUUCGCUCGUAGAACAUCAGGUACAAGAGAGGUCGUAGGAAGAAGUACGGUGCCGGCUUUCCAAAGGCCGAUGGCAGAGAUUGAGCCUUUUCGCUGCAUGCAGCUCCCAAAUUUAUCUACCCCGGAGGGAUGAAAGGCUUGGUCGACCUCGGGGGGACUCGAACCUACGACCUUGCGGACGUUAGAAAUGAGUUAUGCCAGCUGAGCUAUGCCGCCCCAAAUGGACUAAAACUGUGA